AUGACACCUCAUUUGUCGAAAUCGUCACUUGCUCAACUAUUAAAAACUUGUCAAAAUUCACUUGUUCAUGAAGAAGUUACAGGUGCUUUAUGGAAUAUAUCUUCAGCCGAUGAAUUAAAAGAACCAAUAUUAAAUCAAACAUCGGAAGCUGUUAUUAGACAUGCUGUCCUUCCUUCAUGGGAAAUACUUUCUACUCAACAACAACAGCAACCUACUAGUUCUUCUUCUAUUCAAAUUAAUCGUAAUCCUGUAGCUAUUGUUUUUAGAAAUGGAACUGGAAUUUUGAGAAAUAUUUCUGCUGUUAAUGAUCGAUCUCGCCGUUUUCUUCGUUCAACACCCGGAUUAGUCGAAACACUUUUAAAUUUUUUACAUUUUGCAACCUUAAAGAAUCAAUUAGAUACUCGAAGUUGUGAAAAUGUUAUUUGCUUACUUAGAAAUUUAAGUUAUAGAAUACAGGAAGUUGUUGAUAGUAAAUAUGAUCCAAAUAAAAUUAAAUAUUCAAUGAUGAAAGAAAAGGAGAAUGUAAUUAAUGGACAAUUAUCUCCUCGUUCUAAUGAAAGAAGUAAAUCAGCACCUUCUGGAAGUCCAAAAUUAGAUAUUACACCAAACAAGAAAGGAGGAAAAUUUUUUAGUAGAAGGAGAAAAAAAUCAGAAAUUGAGCUUUCUAACAGUAACAAUCAUGAACAAACCGCAACAUCAAUAUCAGGUCCACAAUUACUUUGGAAUCCUUCAACAAUUCGUUUAUAUUUAAAAAUUUUGGAAGAAUCUGCCAAUUGUGAAAUUUUAGAAGCUUCAGCUGCAGCAAUACAAAAUUUGGCUGGUUGCCCUUUUUAUGGGUCUUUAUUAGUUCGAGAAACUGUUAGGAUAGAAAAGGGUUUACCUAUUCUUGUUGAACUACUUCGUCUUAGAGAGGAUAGGGUAGUUUGUGCUGUUUGCUGUGCUUUGAGAAAUUUGGCUUUGGAUAAACGCAAUUUAGAAUUAAUUGGAAAAUUUGCCUUGUCUGAUAUUUUAAUAAAAAUUCCAACUUAUCAAGAAUUAGAAUUAAUUAAAGAACAACAACCACAACAACAACAACAAAUCCCUUCAGAUUCAACAUUAAAUGCAAUUUUAGGAAUUCUUUGGGAAAUUGUUAGAUUAAAUAGUGAAAUGGCUAAAUUAGUACAUUCAACUAUUGAGGGAACUGAAAGGCUACGAGCAUUAGCUAAAUCAUAUCCCAUAUAUGGACGUAAAACGUGUAAAUAUGCAACUCAGGUUUUAUAUAUGAUGUGGCAACAUAAAGACUUACACGAAUUAUUUAAAGAAUCUGGUUUGGAAGAAUCUGAUUUUUAUAGUGGAACAACUACUUCAAGUUUAAAUAAAUCGAGAUCAACAAGUAAAGAAAUUAUUUCUUCUAAACAACAACAACAACAUUAUUCACCUUCUUCUUUAACUACUACUUUAGCUAGACCGUUUUCUUCUCAAGUAGAAAAUUUUUAA